AUGUCUUUGUUGUCACUCAACGACGACAUCAUGCAGACCAUCUUGUCAUGGGUUUCACCCCUCGAAGUUCUCCACCUUGGACGAACCUGUCGCGGUGUCUACGCUGCGGCUAUCCCUUACUUCCUCUCUGAAGUCACAAUCAGAGAUGCACAACAGCUGGCUAGCUUCUCGAGGUUUAUACUCGCUGACAUCGUCCACCCCCCGCGUUACCUGAAGGCGCUCACUCUCAGGGACACUUGCUUUGACUACGUUUCCACCGAACGCAGGCGGGUUAAGCAGGACUUUUCCAGUGCUGCUGCAUUCGCUGAAGUACUGCAGCGCGCAGUCUGUCUGCAGUCGUUGGAGGUCCAGUGCUUCGAGACAUUCGUAGGCGACGCGGCACUUAGGGACGCACUGGCAAUGCACACGGGUCUUCAGCGCGUUUCGUUCUCUGAAAUCGGUGUGCAGUCUUUUGAGCUCAUACCUCGGAUGGCCAGUAGCCCAAGAUAUCUCGAACUUGGCCAAUUUGUUGGAAAUAGUCGCAACCCCCCCGUCGGCGGCCCUAGGGUCCGCAUGCUUCAGAAAUAUACCGACUCGCUCGAGGUGCUUAAGCUGCGGUCUUUCGUGCCCUGGCUUGAGACACUCGAUUUCGAUGCUGUCUGGUCGCAUGUACAUACUCUGCACGUUAUCCAUGCACGGACUGCGUUCUCGCACUUUGAGCGUGCAUUCCCUAAUCUUCGAGAGUUCCGUUGCCUACUCUUCCAUACUCGGGAAGAUAGCGAUCAUCAUUUCGACGCCAAAAAGUUGGAACGGUCGCCCCGAUGGGAGAUGCUCGACUACGUCGAGACUGCAAGUGCGCUCCCACUGCUCUGCCCGGUUCGCCGGCUGUCCUUCUACGAGCCCUAUUACUGUUCGAGGGCAAGGGUUCAGGAUGUAGCGGACAUGGUCCAUCGCACUUCGCCAGUAGUGCUCUGCUUCCCUGCACGGCUCGUUACCAAUGACGUCAGACUCUCGGACGCGGCUCCAAACUUGAAGUACUUACAUCUCUAUGACAAAGGCUUCGAUCGCAUGACGAUCAAUUCGUCAAUUGAGUCGGUUUUGAUUUCCCUCUCUAACUCUCUUCGUACGCUGCCUCUUGUCGGAAUUCUAUUUACAUUUACCGCGAGGACGCCUUUCGAACCAGCACGCGGUGAUGAGCGUGUUAUGCAGAUGGUCCAGGACGUUGCCAGCACUAUCCCCUCAUUGGAAUACGUCGGACUCGCUCGGAUUUUCUCCUGGUUCAGGGUUAUAUCGCGGGCGGGUGGCGUACCUCAGCUUGAAAGGCUUUCACCGCACGAGGGUAGCAAAGUUGAACAUUAG